AUGGAGCCCAAUCAGACUGUCCACCUUCCUCUCUCUCACACACGGGGUGGGACAGAGAACGCUCUCCUCACCUUCCUGGCUUACAGAAAGCUGGAGACCGUCGUGGAGCCAACGUUGGUGCAGGAGGGAGGCAGAGACAACGCCAGUGUGAAGUUCAAUUCGAAGGUGGUGACGGUGACCAAAGUGGGCGGCCAGAGGCAGGGUCUGACACCAACCCUCAACAUCACCUUCCGUGUGAAGGAGGAGGUGAGCAAGCCGUGCGAUGAUGGCAAGAGGAAGAGACACUGCGGCACCUGGAUGGGCAACGGCUGGGCAACACAGCAGGAGAGCAGCGGCAACAAGACUCACGCCACCUGUACCUACAACACCCUGUCCAGCUUUGCCCUGCUGCUGGCUCAGUACAAAAUGGACCCGGUGCACAGUACCGCCCUCUGGUGGAUCACUGUGCUGGUGCUGCCCGUGUCGCUCUUCUUCCUCUUGUUGUCCUUAGCAACCUUCUUCUGGUGCAAGGCCAUCCGCGGUCCCAACACGCUGAUCCGAGCGCACCUCUGCCUCAACCUCUUCCUGGCCGAGCUGCUCUUCCUCAUCACCAUGUUCAUCAAACCGCAAUCGAUAGAGUGUGCGUUGGUGCUGGGUAGUCUGCACUACCUGCUGCUGGUGGCGUUCAGCUGGAUGCUGCUGGAGGCCUUACACCUGUGGCUGAUGGUGCUCAACCUGAAGGUGGUGAACUUCACCCGCACACGCGUGAUGAAGCGGCGAUACAUGUACAUUGUCGCCUACCUGUGCCCGGCGCUGGUGGUGGCCGUGGCAGCCUUUGUCAACACCUGCGGCUACUGGAGUCAUGACCGGUGUUGGCUGGAUCUGGAGAAAGGUUUUAUCUGGAGUUUGUUGGGUCCGGUGUCCUUCGUGGUUUUGGUUAACACGGUUUUGUUUGUCAUGAUCAUAUGGAACUUGAGGAAUAUCAAGACUGCCCUGAACACCAAUGUCUCAACCAUCAAGGACUCCAGGAUACGGACCUUCAAGACCAUGGCCCAAUUCGUUGUGUUGGGCUGCUCAUGGGUCAUUGGACUUUUCCAGCUGAACAAGGACACCAUAGUGUUGUCGUACAUAUUCACCAUUGUAAACGGCUCCCAGGGAGUGUUCAUCUUCCUGGUCCACUGCCUGCUGAACCAGCAGGUGAGGAGAGAAUACAGCAACUGGUUCAGCCGUAUGUGCAAGGGGAAGAAGGCAGAGGUGGCAGACACCUCCUGCCCCAUCGCCAUGAGUGACGGUUUCGAAGGCUAUGAGACUGUGAAGAGAACUCAGUUGGACAUUGCGUGGGAGAAGAUGGACUCUGAAUGAUGAGCCAGUCAGCGGCUUCAGCUGCAGAUUCUUCCAGCAGUGAAUCAUCAUUUUGUACCAACCAUCCAUGAAUCCCACGGAAUUCAAACAAACCUGCAGAUGCUGCAAGUCUGAAGUAAACAACGAAAAUACUCAACAGGUCAGGCAGCGUCUGGAGAAAGAGGAAAGGUUAGCGUUUCAGGUUGAAGACUCUUCGUAGAGUCAUACAGCAUGGAAACAGGCCCUUCGGCCCAA